GAGAGAGAGAGAGAGAGAGAGAGAGAGAGAGAGAGAGAGAGAGAGAGAGAGAGAGAGAGAGAAAUGCGCUAUGCACCCACCCGCGGAGUGUUUUCACCAUUACGCACGGAGGAACACUUGGACGAGGAGAGCGCGGUGCAGUCAGGAGAGUUAAAACCUCGUUUUUCACACGCACAGGAGGAUGAGAGACAUUUUCAUUAAUAUUUAGCCAAGUCUCCAAACUUGCAUCAAAACAUCUUGAGAGCAGAGCAGAGUCCAGCUGCCAUUCACCCUAACAGGAAUGGUGGAUCACUUACCGCUUGGUGAGGAGACCUUCCUGUACUAUACUAGCUCAUCGGCGUGUGACCACAGCAGCCUCUGUCGCGAUGCCAGCGAGGUGGUGUCCCGAGGUGUCAUGGUGACCAACGCGUGCAUCUACCACCCCUACCAAGGGGUGUCCUCUUCGCCCGGGCUCUCUGAGGAUGACCUCAGCAUCUCCUCCAGCCCUCGAUCCUCCCUCUGCUCCAGCCCGGAAUCGCCGUCGCCCAAAUCCCACGCCCACAUAAACUCCGGCUAUGAGGCGAGGAGCUCUUCUGGAGGUGAGAGUCAAGACAGCCUGCUAGAUCUCCUCCUCUCGCAGGGAAUGACCACCUCAAUGAGCUCCAGCAUCAGCAGCAGCAGCUUGCUCUCCAUACCACCUCCCUCAUCUUCAACUGCCCCUCUUUUACCUAUGGGCCUCACUUGGGAGUCCAAGAGGGACCAGAGGCUGGGCCUCGUGCAGCACCAAGCCAAAGAGGACUAUUGCGAGUUCCCGAUUCUUCUGGAUGAGCUCCAGGAUCCUGCGGCGAUUCUUUUUCAGCCCACUCUGGAAGAGAUUGAGGAGUUCUUGGAGGAGAACAUGGUGGUGGCGAUGGAGAAGGAAGACGAGGGCAGCGACGAGGCAAUGUCACCAACACCAGAGGACUCAGAGGCUGAAAGCGUAAAGACGAUAGCCAUAGAGGUCUUGCAGAACGGAGAUCAGACUGUAUCUGUGUCCCAUUCGCCACUGUCCGCCCACACAGAGACCAAACAGACACUAAAUGCAUCUAAGUUGGACAGUUCAUCAACAGUCGACGUGAGCUGUAUAAGUUUGAGUUCCACUUACAAUGAAGUCAACGGAAUCAAACAGGAAGACUGUGGAUCUCCAUCUGCCUCAGGAAAAAACAACAGUGCUGGUUCCAGUGUGCCGGUCAUCUUACAAAUCCAACCCAUCCAGAUCAAACAGGAGCCUUACCCCUGCACUGUCUCAGACGCUCAGACUCAAGAAGCUCAAUUCCAGAAGUCUCAAUCGACGCAGGGUCCAUUGGAUAUCAAGAUUGCCCAGCUUCUGGUCAACAUCCAGGGCCAAACCUUUGCCUUAGUGCCUCAGCUGCUUUCCCCAGCGAACAUUGCAUUUGGGAACAAAAAUUCAUCUAAAUUUGUACGGAUUGCGCCAGUGCCCAUUGCUGCCAAACCCACCGGGCUUGGGGAAGGUAGUGGAGCAACCACAGGGGUCCUCGCUGGAGGGCAGAGGUACCAGAAGAGCGCAGUGGCAGACCUUAUUAAAAUGCACAAGUGCUCUUUUCCGGGCUGUAAUAAGAUGUACACCAAAAGCAGCCACCUUAAAGCUCAUCUGAGGAGGCACACUGGAGAAAAGCCUUUCGCAUGCACAUGGCCCGGUUGUGGAUGGAGGUUCUCUCGAUCCGAUGAGCUGUCCCGACACCGGCGCUCUCACUCCGGAGUAAAACCAUACCAGUGCAUCGUCUGUGAGAAGAAGUUUGCCCGCAGCGAUCACCUGUCAAAACACCUCAAAGUCCACCGCUUUCCACGAAGCAGCAGGACAGGGCGCUCUGCAAACUGACCCCUUCGACCCCCGCUCUGAAAGACUGACGCUAAGCGAGGGGCGGGCGCAUGUGACGAAGGAGAGAGGAGGACAUGGGGAGGAGGAUUCAAGUUUGCGCCGGACUUGUGUGUUCAAACACACGUGUGACGUUCGUACUGUGAUCAUUUAAUGGGUGGCAAUGAAAUGACUGUAUAAGGUAAAAAAAAAAAAAAAAAAAAGUUACUUGACACGCAACCCUCGUGUGGAAUUGGAAUAAGCUUCUUGUACAGAACAACUUUAUUUUUGUCUCGCUCAAUCUUGGGACUAAUUAUAAUUGAAGAUCAAUUUGCUGUUCAGAGUAUUUUUUACACUUGCAGGCGUGUAUAUUGUUUAUGUCUAAAAAGCCUUCUAUAAAAGUUGUAUCACUGAGGUUUCUGGUACUCAAAAAACCCAAGUGAUUCUUUUUUUUUUUUGCCUUUACGGAGCCAAACGUUGCCACACAGGAUCAAGAAACACAUUUGUUAUGAUAUUAAUUUAAUAUGCUGGACAUUUUAUUGACGCGAUUUGUGAAUAAUUGUGGCCUUCGUUUAAUGAGUCCCCUGCCAAGUAAAGGGACUACUAGUCGGUGCUUCUUAACUGAGCUUCUAACUUUCAAGUUCAAACAAGUACGCAAUUGGUUUUGAAUUAUAAUUUCAAAUUUUUUUUUCGGCACUGCUCCUACAAGUCACUGCUGCAAAGAGUCAGCUGUGAACCAAUUGUCGUCAAACUGGAAUUGUUGGUGUAUGUCAAAGCGAGAACCCAACACAUAUUAAAACGGAUACAACUUUUGACUUGUCAUCUUUAAAGUCCCUGUAAAGUGAAAAUGAAAAGGUUUUCUACAUUGACACGCCACAGAGAAGUGUCUUUAACAACCCAUCCAAAUUGAAAUGAUUAAAAUAUUCGACAAGCGUAUAAAAUAGAGCUUCAGAGUCAUAAAGAAUCAAGUCGUUGUCGCCGCUCUCAAAUACUGUGGGCUUGUCCACUCAGUGCGCUCAAACCAUUAACUGUCAACUGGCAAUCAAAUAGCAACUUCGUCUAGCAUCUUUCUUAUGCCUUUACAUAACUACAUCUUUGAGCUGUGACAAUAUAUCCGCUUAAAGCUGUUGGUAGGGGACUUUUUCCACACCGCCACAAGGCACACUUAAGUGGCCAUGCCAGUGCACUCUUUGAAGGCAAGAUGUAUUUUCGGGGUGUAGGCAUAGCUGUCUAGUUAACUGCACAUUGCAAUUGCACCGGAUAACCGCUGUAAAAUAUCAGGAAUACUGUAAUGGUGAAAAACAGUUUAACACGAUAGCUCCACAAUUGAGCAUUUACUCCAUAGUUCGCAGUCUUUGCAAGUUUUCAGCAAUUAUCUUCACACAUGUAUCGUGUAUUCAGAAACAGAUCUCUGAAUUGACUUUACAGGGUCUUUAGGAAAGGAGUGUUUAUGUUUGAGCCAGAAUCUGCAUAAUUUUUAUACUUUUACCAGCCACAACUCUCAACCAAUCAUCCUCAAACUGGAAUUCUAGGUCAGUGUCAAAGCUAGCACCCCAACGUUAUUCAAAGAGAUUUGAAAGACAGCUUCCCAGGUUGCCGAAAUGUGUUUGUUUUCAGCAAUGCACCAAUCUCAUCUUCCUACCAGUUGUCUUCAGAUUUUUGGAAGCGUAGCUGUCAAAACGUCCACCCUAUUGUCCUCAAACUGGAAUCCUUGGUCUAUUUCAUCGCAAGAAACCAAUUGAUUUUGAAUGAUAUGUUACAAAAAGUGCCAGAGGGAGCUAAGAUAUAUUUCUUUUUCGGCAAUGUACUAGUCACAGCUUUUGACCAGAACUAAUUAUUAGUCAAUAUCAGAGAAAGAACUCUAUUGAUAUUCAAUUAUAUCUAUCAGACAAUUGUCCAAGGUAUAACUGUGCCUUAAUCAGUCACUUCCAAACAUGUUCCGUUUUAGCACUUUCAAUAGAUUGUGUCUUCAUACACCAGGGCAAUAACCCCGAUCAGAUCCAAGAUGCUGCAGUUCUGCUCUUUUCUAAUCAGAGGUUUUGCACUGCUUCUUUUCUGCUUCUUCUUCCAUACAUGGAAGAGUAAAUGCUGCAACGACAUUCCUUUGAGCUUUGAAUAAGUUUCUCUGUUGAAUGGCAGGAAACCAAAAAUUUGGAGAAAAAAAAGAACAUUAUAGAAGAAUAACGUUUGCUGCCAAAAUCAUGACAUUGUGUAAUUUGCACCGGCAUGCAAGACAUUUCUGUUUGUUUGCCCUCACUGAAUAUUUUGAGAGUUGCCGUGUUGUUGUAUUGUGGUCAAUCUUGACUCAGAUCUCAGCAAUCCCUUGUUUGCCACAUCUGGUCUAAAUGUCUAGCAUCUGACAUUUUGUCACAUGGCAAAUGAAAUCAAAAUCUGGUGCUGGUUUAUCUUUUUACCAUUCAGGAAACACUUUGUAAUUGUUUUUGUUAGAAGUGAGCCAUUUCCUAAAACUUCAGGCCUGCCUACAUCUGUGAAGAGUGAUUUCCUUUUAAGCCACUGUGGUAAAUACGAAUGGACUGUGGUCAAUAAUGCAUUUAAAAGUGACAAAGAUUUGGUCAAGAGCUAAAGACGCAAAGCCGCUGGUAAUUAAACGUAUGACAUAACAACAUCAUAUCUUCAAAUACACUAAAAUGAGCAGAUCAAGUUUGCUCGAAAAACAAUGCACCCGACACGGAACUUUAGCACUGACUACAGAACAUUGGAGGGAUCUUGGCUGAUCUACCAAUAGUUAUAGUCCACUAAAUUAGGGAAUCUAGGGUCACUUUGGCAAUGAUUUAAACAGUUUUCUACAAAUAUUUACUUAUUCUUGCUAACUGACUGCGUUCAAUGCGCAUUUAUCUACAAAUCUGGAUCUAUUUAUCUUUGAGCUGUUUGCUUUAUUGUCUGGUAAUCAGCAAUGACACUGAGUCAUUUAUAGUAAAUUCCUGGUUCAGCCUGGCCUGAAAUCACAUCUUUGGGUUUAUAGUCAAUUGAAAAACUUGAAAAUAUGACAUUUUCCUGCCUCAAAAUGUGCCUUUGUUCUUGGAUUCUGAGGAAAAAGCAGCUUUUGCUUCCAUUCAUAUUAUUUUCUUUUUUGUGUGUGUCUGUGUUGUAUUAGUUAAGGUAUUGUGGGAAGGCCAACAAAUUCUCUCAUCGGUUUGAGACUAAGUUUAUAGAUUGCUGAAUUCUAAAUUGUGUAACUUUUAGUGUUUGAGGUGAAGCAUGUGAAAAUGGACCGUCAUUUUUGUCAAUUGUUUUUUAUAAUGUAAACUCAUGAAUGUAUGUUGUAUAUACAUUUGAAAGGAGAAAACUGUAAUGUUCUGUGAUCGUGAAAUAUUUUCUGUAAAGAAAGUGUAUAAUAGAUUCAAAUACAUACUUAUAAUAUGCGGCUCAUGUCAAAUGGCUUUAUUAAAAAGGCUUUGUAACAAUUUUAUGUUUAGAUCUACAGAGUAAAAAUGUAAUAUUUUUGCAUUCA